AUGUGCUGGCUCCUCAACUCUCAGAUCAUCUUGCCCAAACCCGUCCAAGCCGGCAUUGCAACGGCUGCCGGCCUGGCCAGCGUCCUACUGAGUGUACACCGACCGACGCGGCCACUGCGACAGGUGGCCUGCUCCCUUACCGUGCUCUUCAAUAUGCCGGGAUCAGGACCUUCUCCACCCGAGACCGCCCUCACCACGCCCAUUGGCCCUGAAAUGCUCAUGAGUUCCCCAACUCGUGGUCCAACCUCCCCUUCUCCAUCCUCCUCAUCGCCCUCUCUGGAUGGGAUGGGAAUGUCGGCGACCAGCGGCUCCCAACUCUGGGACCUUGGCUUCAUCACCCAGGCUCUCGUCGGGGUCGGGCUGGCGAGCCCUCAGCCCAGGACUCGGUUGUCAGAGCCCUCCAGUGGAUCAACAAGUGAUCUUGAAGAACCUCAAGCCAAGUAA